AUGUAUCGUAAGCUGAAGUUCGAGGUGGAGUACCUGACGGAGGAGCACCUCACGGGGUUCGAGAGCUACAAGUAUAGCUCCUUGGACACGAGUCCCCUGAGCGUGUACGUCAUGCAUCCUUUUUGGAACAAGUUGGUACAGUAUUGCCCGAAGUGGGUUGCCCCGAACGUACUAACUUUCUCAGGAUUCCUUUUUACCGUGCUAAACUUCGUGCUGUUUGCGAUUUACGACUACUACUUCUAUGCGUCCAGCGACGACAAGCCGGAUUACCCUCCGAUAUCACGAUGGGUCUUUGCCGUGGCUGCUUUUAACAUUUUUAUGGCAUAUACGCUUGAUGGGAUAGAUGGAAAGCAGGCGAGACGCACACAAACGUCCGGCCCCUUAGGGGAGCUGUUUGAUCAUGGUUUAGACAGUUGGAGUGCCAUGUUGAUCACGGUAGGCAUGUACUCGGUCUUCGGCAGAACGGAUCACAGCGUCUCGCCGUUGCGAAUGUACUUCAUACUAUGGAACGUAUUCAUUAAUUUCUAUCUGAGUCAUUGGGAAAAAUAUAACACGGGCGUGCUGUUUCUUCCCUGGGGAUACGAUGCUUCCAUGCUAGCAACUGUCAUUGUAUUUACACUUACCAGCAUAGGUGGACAUGAAGCCUGGAAAUUUGAAUUACCUGGUGGUAUAUCAGCUGGAAUUAUGUUCGAAAUGUUGUUCUACGUUAGUGCGCUUGUGUCCAAUUUACCGGUUGUUCUUUGGAACAUAUACAAAUCUUAUAGGGAUAAGACCGGCAAAAUGCGGACGUUUCCAGAGGCUAUUAGGCCCUUGGUGCCUUUAGUUUUAUUCUUCAUAAUUUCCACGGUCUGGAUAAUGCACUCUCCGAACAAUGUUCUAGAAAAGGAUCCGAGAAUAAUAUACUUUGCCAUCGGCACUAUUUUUUCUAAUAUAUGCUGUCGAUUAAUCGUAUCCCAAAUGAGUAAUACGAGAUGCGAGGUAUUACCAUGGAUACUAUUGCCAAUCGCAGUAGCCGCUGUUUUCUCGUUUAUCUUACCAAGCGUAGAUUUGGAAUUUAUGUAUUUAGUCUCCAUAGUGGCCUUGCUGGCGCACAUUCAUUACGGCACUUGUGUGGUACGUCAAAUGUGCCGGCACUUCCGUAUUCAGACGUUCUCCAUAAAAGAUCAUUCCGAAUGACUACUUGCCGACGAUGCAUGUUAAGAACGAAGAGACAAGUAUAUAAAAAAAAGAUCGAUAAAAACUGAACACGGAAAAGCAGGCAGGGAGAAGAGAUCUGACACACACACACACGGACUUUUAUUAGAAUUGAUCACGAGAAAUUAACUACCAUGACAAAACACUUAUCGAGUAAAUAAAGAAUUCUUAGAAUCACGUCCUUUUACGAGAACACCGCCGUUCGACGCGAAAUACGAUAGUAAUGCUGCUCGCAGAGAUUUGAUAGCGCUACUUUAUCCCACAUAUCUUGAAAAAAAAAAAAAAUAGUGUCUGCUGGAUCGCCUAUUUAUUUCUUACAUGCAAUAACAAAAUUGCCCGAAAUGUGUUUGACUAUCUUACUGUGAUAUACUUAUCCGCGUCACCGCUUUUAUCUCCAAGAGCAGCGGGUUCAUCCAUAAAACGUCCUCUCCGUCGUGGUAUUCCGCUGAGAUUAUGUAUAACAUGUGUGUACAAAUACUUUUUCUUUGAAUGCUGCCGAGCUCGUUGAGCAGUGAACCAAAAAUAUGCACCUCUUCGUUUUCGACAUGUAUCGUCCCUCGGACGUUAUUAAUCAAUGUACUAAUAACAAUUGUAUCUAUUUAUCUAUCUUUGUUUCUUUUCUCUUUCUUUUUAGUGUUUGGAAAAACUGUACAAAUUAUUGGCAAUUAUAUGUAUAUUUUUUUUUGAUUGUAGAACGUAUGUGUCGUAGUACUUCAAAUUGCAUUUAGCGCAUAAUGUGUACGUCAGGUAAGAAAGGAUCGAGUGUACGUUAUUGUUUAUGUAUCGAGUGUACGUUUGCUUUAAGAUAUGUGUACGAACAAUUGUAUGAUUUCCGUAACUCUUGCAAUGUAGAAUUCUGGCUACAAAUGGAAUGUUGCGGCAACAUUGAGUAAGCUAGUUUCUCUUUCCUCUGUUACUUUAACAAUCUCGUCUCUGUAGAUACAUCUCUGUACAUCAAAGUGAUAUGUUUUCCAAGCAUGUAUAAAAUAUACUGCGUUAAGCUAUGCUUAUCAAGACGAAAGAAACUUAGAUGGUAAAAGCGAAGAUGUUAGAGAAAGAAAGCGUUUCUUUCCUAUGUGGGUUUAAUAUUUAAUUUCAAACUUAUAUAUGUAAACUUUGUUGGACUAUAUACAUACGUAAUAUAUAUUACAGUGUAAUAUUGCGAGACGACCGCGAAAGAUAUCACGGAAUAAAAGAUAUUUUUACAAA